AUCUGAAUCUGAAUCGUGAAUAGCCAUAUAUACCUCUCCCAACGAUCGAGCGCCGCGACCCGAGUCCCUCUCCCACCUGAUCCAAGGCUAAGGCUAGCUGCAAUCGCAAGAUCGAAUCGUAUGAAGCUGUGAGCACUCCGGCUCACCAACGCCAUCCGAUCCUCGGAUGAUGCGCCCUGCAAGCCUCCUACCACUGAACCCCCCCAUACGGCUCACACGCUUGUCGCGCACAUCCAACCUGAAGCUAUAGGCAUCGGACCCAUCCUCAACCGCUGCAAGCUCGCCGCUGCUUUCAUCGGCCACGAAAAGGUGUGAUGGGAGCGCGAGAAAGUCUUUGCAGCGCCAUUGUUCAUCCGUCAUCUUGAUCCGCAUGCACGCACGCACCAGCCCAUCGGGGAUCAAAAGCACAAAGUUCCCUGGCUCAGCAUGCCACAAAUCUCCCAGAAUGGUCAAGCUGCUCAGAUGUCUGCACCUACCAAGAUGCGAGAAUCGGGCUCGCUAGUGGAACCUAGCCAUCUCAGCACGUCGCCCAGGCGUCUAAAGACGUGGAAGGAUCUGUCUGAUAGAAGACCAUUACCUCUACGAUUCCUCCUCUUGCCAUCCAAUCGACCUGGAGGCAAGCUCUGUCCCUCACUCUGCGUCCACAUAAAUGGUCAUGUCAUCGUACGCAUCAUGGAUCCUGAGCACUCUGAGCCAUUCGUAUCCCUCGCCGCGAUACUUCAUAGUGCAGGCCUCACAGUCGCAGAAGGCCUGCUUCGAUUUGGAUUGCGCCGCGAUCGCAUGGAUUUCGACAUGACGCUGGCUGGACUAGAGCCGUGGGACGAAAUCUGGGUGCCACUUGCUACUGCUCGUCGUGUAGCAGAGAGCCUCAACAUUCUCGAACCUUUGGCAUCCCUUCUCAGCUGGUCUACAAGGCAUGUCUGGUCCUUGGAUGAAGGCAGCAGCGGUCUAGUGCACAACUGGAAAGUUCCAUCCAGCGUGCUGGAUCCAGGCACCUAUUCUACCGCUUCACUCACCGCCAGCGAAUUUGCCGUGAUAGAGCCUUUAGCAGCAGGUCAACUGAUCAGGACGCUCGUUUCGCCCGAGCAAAGGCGAUCGGCUAUGCUCAAUCACAACCCUCCUCGUUCGGCGGAGCCAGUCACUCUUCGUCAAGCUGAUGCGCGAGCUGUCAGUCAGCAACUCGUGCGCUGGAGUGUACAGCGACUCGAGACCUGGCUGAGCGCACAAGAGGAAGACGGGCAAUCAGAUGUGGCGCCGGAAAUGAGCGGGGAUACCUUGGAUGCAGAAGAGAUGGCACAGAAGUGCGUCGCCGUCAGGUUGCUGGCCUCGCUCGUGCAGGGAACCUCUUUGCGGGGAAAAGAGCCUUUAUCGGUCUGUGGUAGUCAGAUUACCCUGUUGCCGGAAGAGCUGCUGGGCCACAAUGGCUCCGCGCUAGAGAGAAAAGGCAAAGCUACAAGAACGAAAAUUCUAGACGCAAAAUCCCGUCGUGUAUGGAUAGCCAAGCUGGACUUGGCCCUGGCUUGUUUAGUGGAUGAGCUCUCUUUGCAGAGGGGCAGACAUGAACCAAACCUCGUCUCCGAGCCCGACUACGACGAAGCUCCAGGGCAAUCAGCUACCCCUGCAAAUAUGAACGGAGCAGCAUCGUCUCAGUUGAACCGCAUCGAGGCAGCUCUGACUCGAUUGGAGAGCCGUGGAAUGUAUUGCGGGACAGAGAAGCAAGACUAUGAUUCGCCCGACGCCACUCACGAUUCUUCCAGUCACAGAGCUGCACGAUUCGCCCCGCUUGCUCCUGUCGGCGGCAUCAUAAACAGUGCGCUAGGUCUGCGACUUGGCGCUACCUCGCGCCAAAGCGACAGGUCUACAUUUGUGGGACAUAGCAAAGACGGCCCUGCGUCUAUGCCAACGAUGAGUAGCGACGGAAUAUCGGCUACGAGUCGGACUGUUAUAGCGCCAGGGAUUGUCUCGAAUGAGAGUAUUGCUGUGCUCCUUGUGGUCCUCAUUUGCGCCGUCCUCUGGCCAAGGGAGUGAUCCAUCAACUCGACACCUGUCGCGCGGACUCUGCAAAAGGGAGGAAGAAGGUCGCGUCGAUGAUCGUACUCCGAUGCGAGGACGACGCGUGCCGCAGACUAAAGGUCUGUCUGGCACGUCUCUUCUGGAAAGGCAUCAUCAGCUUUGAGCCUACUCACUGCAACCGCGGCAGCCAUCGUCCUCAAUUCCCGAUCAGAAUAGGCUGCCAGUCGGUGUAUUCGCGUUCAAUAUCCUCAUCAUCACUCUUCCCCAAAUCACUUCAGCGCUGCAAGAGCGCCCUUCGCACAACUCGCAUAGCCCAGUCGCAGACCUUGUAAAAUACCUCAUACUCGAACCCUUUCAAGAGCUGCGAAG